GUGGGACUGCAGAAAAGCCAUGCUAACCAUAAGGAAGAGGGGACCUGUUUUAUAGCCAGUAAGAGACCAUUAACGCAGAACCACUCCCAGACCAACUGCCUUCAAAGUGUCCUGACAGAAGUGGAACUCAUCCGGAGCUCCAGGGAUGGGCAAAUUGAAGAAGCAAUUAGGUUCAACCAGGAGUUGGAAAGAGAGCUGAAGAGCUCUCAGGAAGCUCUGGUCAAUCUGGAAGACUGCAACCGUAACCUGAAGAGGGAACAAGCAGAAAUGAGGAAGAAGGUUGAAGAGGCGAGACACGCCGUCCUUAACAGUCUUGGCAAAGUGAAGGAGCUAGAAGUGAAAGCUAACGAAGUGCCACAUCUGCAGAUACACAUUCAGCAGCUAGAACUGGAACUGCAGCAAUAUAGGUCGAAAAUUGUGAGAUUUCCACUGCCCUCAAGAAGCGGCCCAGAGCAGAAAGAGGGAGCAGCCUUACCAGAUGGAAGAUACUGCACGUCUGUUGUGCAACAAGAUCGACGGUCUCCCACCGGUGGAGCUGGCAUUUCUGAGAACGAGGAUCAGCUGUUCCGGUCGGUGGAGGGCCAGGCUGCCUCUGAUGAGGAGGAGGAGAAGUGGGCAGGAGACCAGCUGUCCCAGGUGGACCAAAUGAAGAAGAUGCUGGCCAAGCUCCCUUGCUGUGGCAGCGGGUGUGAUGAAAAAAUGUGGAAAAAGCUAAUGUCUUACUUGGAGACCACCAAUACUGAUGGCUACGACACAGCCCCUGCGGAGCUCGCAGAGAGGAUCACACAGCUAACCGAACAGCUUGAGCUCAAAGGCCAUGAAGUGAAGAAACUGGAAACAAAUAUGGAAGAGGUAACGGGUGCCAAGCAGAGUGUGAAAGA